GUCUUUGCAUAUCAAUGUCAUACCAUAAAGCAUGAAAUUAUUCAUAUUAGAGAAAACCCUGUUGGAAAUAUGAAAUAUGGUGAGGCUUCUGCUCAAAGCAGUGAUCUCCAAAUACAUAGACGAACACAUACAGGAGCAAAAUCCUAUGAAUGUAACCAGUGUGGCAAAACCUUUGCAGGAAUUGGUGGUCUCCAAUAUCAUAUAAGAACACAUACAAGAAAGAAACCCUAUGAAUGUGGCCAGUGUGGUAAAACCUUUGCAAGAAGGGGUAGUCUCCAAUAUCAUAUAAGAACACAUACAGAAGAGAAACCCUAUGAACAUAUUCAAUGUGAUAAAGCCUUUGCACCUAGAAGUGAUCUGAAAUAUCAUAAAAGAACACAUACAGCAGAGAAACCCUAUGAAUGUACCGAAUGUGGUAAAGCCUUUGUACAAAGCAGUUAUCUCCAAAAACAUAAACGAACACAUACAGGAGAGAAACCUUAUGAAUGUAUCCUAUGUGGUAAAGCCUUUGUACAAAAUAAUCAUCUCCAAGCACAUAAACGAACACAUACAGGAGAGAAAGCCUAUGAGUGUAACCAUUGUGGUAAAGCUUUUUCCUAUAGAAAUCUUCUCCAAAUACAUAAAAGAAUACAUACAGGAGAGAAACCCUAUGAAUGUAACCAGUGUGGUAAAGCCUUUACAGGAAGGGCUGGUCUCCAGUAUCAUACAAGAACACAUACAGACGAGAAACCCUAUGAAUGUAUUCAAUGUGGUAAAGCGUUUGCACAAAGACGUGAUCUGAAAUAUCAUAAAAGAACACAUACAGGGGAGAAAUCCUAUGAAUGUACCGAAUGUGGUAAAGCCUUUGUACAAAGCAGCAGUCUCCAAAAACAUAAACGAACACAUUCAGGAGAGAAACCUUAUGAAUGUAUCCUAUGUGGUAAAGCCUUUGUACAAAAUAGUCAUCUCCAAGCACAUAAACGAACACAUACAGGAGAGAAACCCUAUGAAUGUAACCAUUGUGGUAAAGCUUUUUCAUAUAGCAAUGUUCUCCAAAUACAUAAACGAACACAUACAGGAGAGAAACCCUACAAAUGUAACCAUUGUGGUAAAGCAUUUACGGCAAGGGCUGGUCUCCAGUAUCAUACAAGAACACACACAGGAGUGAAACCGUAUGAAUGUAUUCAGUGUGGUAAAGCCUUUGCACAAAGCAGUAUUCUGCAGUAUCAUAGAAGAACACAUACAGGAGAGAAACCGUACGAAUGUAAUCAAUGUGGUAAAGCCUUUGCACAAAGCAGUAGUCUCCAAAUACAUAAACGAACACAUACAGGAGAGAAACCAUAUGAAUGUCACCAAUGUGGUAAAGCUUUUUCAUAUAGAAAUGUUCUUCAAAUACAUAAACGAAUACAUACAGGAGAGAAACCCUAUGAAUGUAACCUGUGCGGUAAAGCCUUUGCUCGAAGCAGUGAUCUUCAGUAUCAUAGAAGAACACAUACAUGAUGUGAUAAAGCUGCAGCACAAAUACAUGAACAAACUAAUACAGAAGAAAAACUUUAUGAAUGUAACCAACGUGGUAAAGCUUUUUCAUAUAAUAACGUUCUUCAAAUACUUAAAUGUGCUCAUAUAAGCAAGAAACCCUAUGGAUAUAACCAGUGUGGGAAGGACUUUGAAGGAAGGAGUGGUCUCCAAUAUCAUAAAAGAACACAUACAGGAGAGAACCUUGAAUGUACCAAAUGUGGUAAAGCUGUUUAAUAAAGCAGUGGUCUCUAAAUACAGAAAAGAACACAUUGAGGAGAGGAAUUUGGUCACUGUAAUCAAUAUGUUAAGGCCAUUGUACAUAAAAGUCAUCUUUUAAAAACACAUACUGUAGAGAAGUCCUCUGAAAGUAAAUACUAUGGAAAUGGCUUUGCACCAAAUGUUCAUCCCCUGACACUUAAAAGAAUUCACCCUGGGUAGAAACACUGUGAAUUUAAGAAAUGUGAUAAUAAUUUUACAAGUCACAAUACUCUGAAAGAACAUUAAAGAAGACAUAUGAAAGAGAAAUCUUAUGAGUAUCAUCAGUAGAAUAAAGAAAUCCCUGAAUAUUGAAAUCAUCUUCAAAUGCAUGAAGAAGACAUGGAUGGCACUAUGGAUGUAAUCAGAGUUGUAACAGCUUUUCUUGUAAAAUUGGUCUGGUGUGUUAUAAAAAUACAAAAAAAACCCCACAAAAAGCCGAAAAACCCUAUGGAUGUUAGCAAUGUGGCAAUUCCUUUACAUAUCAUGGUUGUCUUUGAAUAUGUAACUGAACAGCUUCUGGCGUCAAAUCUUACAAAUGUAAACAAUGUGGUAAGGACUUUCUAUGUUGUUCAUAUUCAAUUGCACAAAAUAAAGCACAAUUUAGAGAA